UUCAUAUUCGAAUUUUAAAUCGAAUAAAAAACCUGUCGUUAUGUAAACGAAACGGCUAACGAGGAAAAUAAAGUUCUUUAAUAUGUAUAAAAAUGAAGAAUAUAAUAAUAAAAAAUCUGAACAAUAUUCAGCAUUAUCAAAGUAUAGUCAGAAUAGAAAAUCUUCCGAAUUUAAUAAAAAGCAAAUUAUUACCGAGACAACAUCUGAUAAUUAUCAAAAUUUCCAAAUUUGUGACGACGGUUAUAAAGAAAAAAUUAACGAAACUUUUGUCUACAAAACACUUGCGCCAGAUAAACAACAACCAAAAAGGCUAAUCGGAGAACCAGUGUCAGUAAUUGAAUCAACGAAAAUUUAUGAAGAAAGAUCAGAGGAGACAUUAGAACCUCUCAGCGAAUGUGAAACUGUUCUUUUAAACUUACUUGAUCUUUUUUCCUCAACUGCGACUUUAAGCGACUUGAGGUUUUCUGAAAUUAUUUUUCCGACACUAACUGACGAUGUAACUGAAGUUGGAAAUAACUUUGAAUCUCCAUCAACUGGUUCAGAUGAAAAAAAUUCUGAUCAUAAUGCACCUUAUCUCCCUGGUAGCAUGUUUUCAAGAAAAACAAUGAAUGCUUCACAAGUUGAAUCUUAUCUCAACGAAAAUGAUCUUAAGGAAAAUCCGUCAGUUUUUUGGAAAGAGUUAAACCACCAAAGUUGGUGGGGAAGAAUAAAUCCGUUGCUUGGUGAAAAUUUGUUACCACCUGCUGUUUUAUCAAGUUAUGACGAGUUAAAUAACAUGCACCACAACUUUCAAAGUUCAAAUAGCACAGAACAACAGUAUGGCAUGCCAAUAUAUUUCCACCCAUAUGUUAUUCCGUCACAAAAAGACAGAUAUAAUCAAAAUGUUAAUAAUACUAUUAAAAAAAACAAUUACAACCACAAAACCCCGUUGCCAAGCUAUUGGCGAAACUCUUGCAAUGAAGAACAUUUAAACAAAUAUGAAGCUAGAACAGAAUCUAACAUAAAACACCUAGAAGAUGCUGCUGAAAUAUUAUUGCAUGUCUCACAACGAGGAAGAAAAAAAAAGCAAUUGUUUUCUCCAAGCAAAGAAAAGUACAAAUGUACAGUUUGUGGGCAAUGUUUUGCGCGACAAUAUACUCUUGAUACACACGAACGCAUACACACAGGCGCUAAACCAUUUAAGUGCCCUCAUUGUGAUAUAUGCUUCCGUCAAUCUGGUACUCGUAGAAACCACGUUCGUGCGGUUCAUGCUAAAGAGCGUCCGUUUGUAUGUGAAUACUGCGGGAAAACAUUUGCACACAAGUCAUCCAUUACCGUUCACAUUCGAAUCCAUACAAACGAAAAGCCUCAUCAAUGUCAAACGUGCAAAAGAACUUUUACUGACAGAGCCACCUGUUCUAAACAUCAAACAACACACUCAGGUGCAAAGCCUUACAGAUGUAAAGUGUGUUCUAAAUGCUUUUCACAAAAGUCCAAUUUAAAGCGUCAUUUUCAAAAUAUUCACGUAAACCGAGACUCUUGACAACUUUGUAACAAAAUUUUGUAGAAUUUUGAAGUUCAAAAACUCAAUUUUUUGAAAAAGCAAUUGCUAGCAUUAAAAACGCGGAAAUAGGAAAAGUUGUGCUUUUGGUUUUCAGUAUUUCAUA